UUUUCGGACUUUUUCGUUGGGAAAAGAAAUUUAAAUCUUGUUUUGAUACUUUUAAUAGAUGUCGGAAAAUUCCAAGAUGGUAAAGAAUUUUCCUCUUCUCAAGCUGGAUACCCUUUCGAGUGUAAAAUUGGUGUUGGUCAAGUGAUCAAAGGUUGGGAUGAAGUCAUGAAGCUUAGUCUUGGUGAACAGGCUAGACUUACCAUUUCUCCAGAAGAUGCCUAUGGCAGUCAAGGGUUUGGCAAUAUUAUUGGACCGAAUUCAACAUUGGUCUUGUGA